AUGGCAUCCAAACGCCCCGUUCACGUCUCUCAAAGAAUCAUCGCGCCUCUCAGCGCAUUGAUGAUCAUAUAUGCCACUGUCGCUUUCACUGGAGUUCCAAAAAUACUAUGGGGAGAAGGAUCACCUUUAUUCACGACAACUCGGCAUCCUGAGACAGGAGACCACUUCUUAAAUUUCCGUCGCAAAACUGCACCAGUACUAAUAUACCACGGCUUACACGCCGCCCCAGCCAUCAUCUGGAGCACCCUCAUGCCCCUCCAACACAUCGACAGCUUCCGCAACAAGUAUCCAGACUUCCACCGCUCAUCAGGGUACAUCAUCCUCACGGGGUCUCUUAUCCUCAGCCUAAGCGGGUACUGGUUCCUCCUAAGCAAUAAUGCACAUUCUCACCCGGAUCGAUAUCACCUCCACGACCUCAAUGGCUGGUCACCAAUUCCAUGGCCAACAUUCGAGAUGGCUCUCUGGGUGCUGGCAACGCCAUACUAUAUCACAUUGUACAAGACGGCUACUACGGCGCGAGCAAGGGACUUUGUCAGUCACAGGAGAUGGGCUGUCCUUCAUACCAUGUUUGCAUCCAUCAUUACAUUCGAGCGAGUUGCGUUGACGUUGUCUUACGCAUUUGGCUGGGCACUAGCACUGUUUCCGAAGGAGCAGGUUCAUGAAUUCUUCAAUGUUGCUCAGGAUCUGGCGUCCAUGGCGGCUGCUGAGUUGGACAUGUUUGCGUUUGUGGACGUGAUUGCCUUUGGGAUGAUGAUUGCUUGGAUGGUGUAUGAGUUUGGAAGAGCAGGGUACUUUGGUGGAUUGACGGAAUACUUGUCGUCUUCGGCUGAGAAGGAGACUGCGAGCAAAAAGGUUGAGUGA